GACACAUUCAUUUACAUGAACUUCAUGAAGAGUCACUCCUGCUACGAUGCCAUCCCAACCAGCUCCAAACUGGUCAUCUUUGACACAACACUGCAGGUGAAGAAGGCUUUCUUUGCUCUGGUGGCUAAUGGUGUGAGGGCAGCGCCGCUGUGGGACAGCAAGCUUCAGUGUUUUGUAGGUAUGCUGACCAUCACUGACUUCAUUAACAUACUACAUCGAUACUAUAAGUCUCCUCUGGUUCAGAUAUAUGAGCUUGAGGAUCACAAGAUAGAGACAUGGAGAGAAAUCUAUCUCCAGUACUCAUUUAACAGACUAAUCAGCAUUACACCAGAGUCCAGUUUGUUUGAUGCCAUAUACUCCCUGUUAAAGAAUAAGAUCCACCGCCUGCCAGUUAUUGACCCAGCAUCAGGAAACGUCCUCCACAUCCUCACUCACAAACGCAUACUCAAGUUUCUCCACAUUUUUGGAUCUAUGAUUCCCAGACCCAGGUUUCUUCAAAGGCAAAUCCGUGAAGUGCCGAUUGGUACCUUUAAACAUAUUGCAACAAUCCAGGAAUCCGCUUCCGUCUACGAUGCUCUGAGCAUUUUUGUGGAGAGAAGAGUGUCAGCUCUGCCUGUGGUCAGUGAGCGAGGUAAAGUGGUGGCGCUAUACUCCAGAUUUGAUGUUAUUAACCUUGCAGCCCAGAAAAACUAUAACAACUUAAAUAUGACAAUGCGGGAAGCCAUUGCAUCCAGAUUCUGCUGUGUUGAGGGGGUCCUUAAGUGCUACCCUCAUGAAACACUGGAGACCAUCAUUGAUCGCAUCGCACAGGCAGAGGUACAUCGGUUGGUGUUGGUUGACACUGAUGAUGUGGUGAGAGGGAUUGUGUCUUUAUCUGACCUUCUCCAAGCCCUCGUUCUCUCUCCUGCAGGCAUUGAUGCACUGUACUCCUAAGCAAUGUUCCCUCUAAUUUUUCAUGUGUCUGAGCGAACACACAAACUCCCUGAGCGGUCCCUUGGACCACUGUGAGCAACAGCAGACGUGUGCACUGUGGUCACGCCAGCAUCCAAUCCAUCCAAGUUACAUGGUUUAUUAAAAUAAUCAAAUUACAGCAUUUACAUUUAUGUUAGACUACUUUUAAUUAACUGCUUUAGCC